GGCUCCCUGCCCAGGGACAGCCCCAAGCCCAAGCCCACCGCCGGUCCCCCCACUCUGCUGCCCUGAGGACCACACACUGGGCCUGCUCUCAGAGCCUUCUGCCUCCGGAUCCCCGCAUCCCGGCCAGCACCUAGUCCACCCUUCCCCCGGGCCUGGGCUCAGGUCAGCCCAUCCUCGGGCCACAGCGUGCCCCUGCCAGGCCAGGACGUCCUCACCUCCGGACCUCUGAGAAGAGGUGCUAGUGGGAGGAGGAGGGCUCCGCUGUGCCCGUGGCUGCUGAGGAAGCAGGUCACUGAGCUCUGAGAAGGGACAGGCCAGAGUCAGGUGCAUGCUGGUCCUGGUACACCUGGGAGUGAGGACAGACAGGCCUGAGCCAGGUGCAUACCGGUCUUGGCACACCUGGGAGUGAGAACAGAUAGGCCUGAGCCAGGUGCACACCGGUCUUGGCACACCUGGGAGUGAGGACGGACAGGCCCGAGCCAGGUGCACAGCGGUCCUGGCUCACCUGGGAGUGAGGACAGAGAGUGUUCCCAUGGAGCAGAGAAUGUGACAGUACCCAGAGGGUCAAGAGAAGGUUGUUCUCAGUGCGGGAGACGUAACUCUCCCUCUGCCCAGGAGAGAAUGAUCUGGAAGAGAGGGAGCGAUGGGUGGCUCAGGAGCGAGGCGAGAGGAGCUGCGCCAGGCCUGGAGUGGGCGGAGGGCUGCCUGGCGGGUUGUGUGUAGUAACAGGCGGGCGUGCCGGGUGUCGGGGCAGAUGCUGGUAGGUGGGUACACCUGCUGCUGACAUCUGUGGAAGUUCCCUUGGGGCGGCUUCGUUUCCGCAGGGGAGAAGGAAGCGAGGUCAUCAGCUGGGAGUGGGGCUGGGGGCGGAGGUGAUAGGAUUCCGGGUCACUCGAUCAGUUGAGCAGAGAGUGAGGCCCGUCGCGCAGCUCUGUGAUUUCCUGCUGUCCACGGGGAGGGGGCCGACCUCGAAGGGAGAGAUGGGGAGAGGAUGUGGCAAGUGGUGCACGGGGACAAGGCUGCGCAGCCCCUGGGUGCCCUCGUGCCUCGGGCAGCCCCGCAUCCUGCAGGGCCGACUGGCCAGGUCCUCGCCCUCGCUCUGGGACAGCGCGCUGCAGGAGCAGAAGGGCGAGCUGCGCAAGCGGCUGUCCUACACCACGCACAAGCUCGAGAAGCUCGAGACCGAGUUCGACUCCACGCGCCACUACCUGGAGAUCGAGCUGCGGCGCGCGCAGGAGGAGCUCGAGAAGGUCACCGAGAAGCUGCGCAGGAUUCAGAGCAACUACAUGGCGCUGCAGAGGAUCAACCAGGAGCUGGAAGACAAGCUGUACCGCAUGGGCCAGCACUAUGAAGAAGAGAAGCGAGCGCUGAGCCACGAGAUCGUUGCCCUCAACAGCCACCUGCUGGAGGCCAAGGUGACCAUCGACAAGCUGUCGGAGGACAAUGAGCUCUACAGGAAGGACUGCAAUCUAGCGGCGCAGCUCCUUCAGUGCAGCCAGACCUACGGCAGGGUCCAUAAGGUGUCUGAGCUGCCCUCUGACUUCCAGGAGCGCGUGAGCCUGCACAUGGAGAAGCACGGCUGCAGCCUGCCCUCCCCGCUCUGCCACCCGGCCUAUGCCGACAGCGUCCCCACCUGCGUCAUCGCCAAGGUGCUGGAGAAGCCCGACCCCAGCAGCCUGUCCUCGCGCCUGUCGGACGCCUCGGCCCGCGACCUGGCCUUUCGGGAGGGGGUGGAGAAGCAGGGCCCGCGGCCCCCCUACAAGGGCGACAUCUACUGCAGCGACACGGCCCUCUACUGCCCCGAGGAGCGGCGGCGCUCCCGGCGGCCCAGCGUGGACGCGCCCGUGAGCGACGUGGGCUUCCUGCGGGCCCAGAACUCCACCGACAGCGCGGCCGAGGACGAGGAGGAGGCCGAGGCCGAGGCGGCCGCCUUCCCCGCGGGCUUCCGGCACGAGGCCUUCCCGGGCUACGCGGCCUCCCUGCCCACGUCCAGCUCCUACUCGAGCUUCAGCGCCACGUCGGAGGAGAAGGAGCACGCCCAGGCCAGCACGCUCACCGCCUCGCAGCAGGCCAUCUACCUGAACAGCCGCGACGAGCUCUUCGACCGCAAGCCGCCCGCCGCCGCCGCCGCCGCCGCCUACGAGGGCAGCCCGCGCUUCGCCAAGGCCGCGGCCGGCGUGGCGGCCCCGCUCGAGGCCGAGGUGGCGCCGGGCUUCGCGCGGACCGUGUCCCCGUACCCGGCCGAGCCCUUCCGCUUCCCCGCGUCCCCGGGCCCGCGGCAGGCCCUGAUGCCCCCAAACCUGUGGAGCCUGCGGGCCAAGCCGGGGUCGGCCCGGCUCCCCGGGGAGGACGCGCGGGGCCAGUGGCGGCCGCUGAGCGUGGAGGACGUGGGCGCCUACUCGUACCCGGCCCCCGCCGCGGGCCGCGCGUCGCCCUGCAGCUUCUCGGAACGCUACUACGGCAGCGGCGGCGGCAGCCCCAGCAAGAAGGCCGAGGGCCGCGCCAGCCCCCUCUACGCCAGCUACAAGGCCGACAGCUUCUCCGAGGGGGACGACCUCUCGCAGGGCCACCUGGCCGAGCCUCGCUUCCUCCGCGCCGGCGGCGACCUGAGCCUGAGCCCCGGCCGCGCGGCCGACCCGCUGCCCGGCUACGCGCCCAGCCCGGGGGACGCCGAGAGGCUCGGGGUGCAGCUGUGCGGGCCGGGCGGCAGGCCCGAGCCCGAGCACAGCCCCCACAGCUCCAGGGACUCCCUGGAGCCCAGCUCCAUGGAGGCGUCCCCGGAGAUGCACCCCGCCGCCCGCCUCAGCCCCCAGCCGGCCUUCCCGCGGACUGGUGGCUCGGGGCUCAGCCGCAAGGACAGCCUCACGAAGGCCCAGCUCUACGGAACCUUGCUCAACUGAACAGGCCGCGGCCACGGGGCCCCCCCCCCGCCCCCCCCCCGCCCCGCGACCCGAGAGGAGGCCCCCCACGCCGUCUCGUCCACCCCAGCCCCCCCACGGUGGAACGUUUUUCACACCCGACAUCCUUCCCCACCUGAGAUGAGCAUUCCCCCCUUUUAUAAAGUGAAACUAUUUUUAUAGAGAAAAAGGGUCUUUCUUAACGCACUUGGCCUCCAGCUCCCUGGAUGGCAGCCUUGGCGUUUUCAACACAAAGCUCCUUUAUUUUUCGGGGGAGGACGAGUGGGGCCUGUCCCUGGGAGGGGAAGGACGGCGUCCCGUGGAGACACCCCAGUGAGCCGGUGACAAGGGAACCCGAAGCUCUGUCCACGAAGAGGGGAACUAGAACGGGUGGAGGGAUGUGACGUUUUUAAACUGUUCUCGCCGUGUGACCGACACACCACCCCAGCUCUCCCGUGGUCCGUCGUCCCGAGUGGGGCCGGUGCUCGUCCCCCAGUGUCCCGCUCCCCGGCACCACCUCGCUCUACCUCACACGUAAUGAGGCCCUCUGACUCCCGGUUUCUGUGGCUUGCUUUCCCGUCGUCCGCGAUGCAUGCCCUGUCCCAGGUAGUACUGUACUUCCGUUCAUUAAUAAAAGACAUCGGUGGAAAGGA